CAAGGUGGGGCCAAGGCGCCCGCAGUGUAGGGUACGCGCUGGGUUAGGGGGCAACAGUCCACCAUAACCCGGAGACAGCCGGCGGUGGGUGAAGGAUGGCAACAGCCUCCUCGGACUUAGCCAGCUCUGGAGCGCCCCCGCCCGGCGGGGGUGCCCAGGCGGCAGCAGUGGCUGAGGAGGAGGAGCGAGAGGUGGUACGGGUCCGAGUCAAGAAAUGUGAGAGCUUCUUGUCGCCUGAGUUUCGUUCUUUUGCUGUAGACCCUCAAAUCACCUCUCUGGACGUGUUACAGCACAUCCUCAUCCGAGCCUUUGACUUGAAUGGGAAGAAGAACUUUGGCAUCAGUUACCUUGCCCGGGACCGGCUAGGACAGGAAGCUUUCCUCUCUCUGCUCUCUGACUGGGACCUCAGCACAGCUUUUGCCACUGCUUCCAAACCUUACUUGCAGCUGCGUGUAGACAUUCGGCCCUCAGAAGACAGCCCGUUACUGGAAGACUGGGACAUAAUCAGCCCCAAGGAUGUCAUUGGUUCUGACUUGCUACUGGCUGAGAAACGGUCAUCGCUGACAACAGCUGCCCUGCCUUUCACACAAUCCAUCAUCUCUCAGGUGGGCCGCACGUUGUCUAAGGUCCAGCAGGUGCUGAGCUGGUCAUAUGGAGAAGAUGUCAAACCUUUCAAACCACCCCUGAGCGAUGCUGAAUUUCAUACAUACCUGAAUCAUGAGGGCCAGCUCUCCCGUCCUGAGGAGUUGCGUCUGCGGAUCUAUCAUGGUGGUGUGGAACCCUCACUGAGAAAGGUGGUGUGGCGGUACCUGCUGAAUGUGUACCCAGAUGGACUGACAGGCCGUGAGCGAAUGGACUACAUGAAACGUAAGAGUCGUGAAUAUGAGCAGCUCAAGAGCGAAUGGGCUCAGCGAGUGAACUCUGAAGACCUAGAAUUCAUCCGUAGUACAGUUCUCAAGGAUGUGCUGAGAACAGACCGGGCCCACCCCUACUAUGCAGGGCCGGAAGAUGGCCCACAUCUACGGGCCCUGCAUGACCUGCUCACCACCUAUGCGGUUACCCACCCACAGGUGUCCUACUGCCAGGGUAUGAGUGACCUUGCUUCACCCAUCCUUGCUGUCAUGGACCAUGAGGGCCAUGCAUUUGUGUGCUUCUGUGGCAUCAUGAAGCGCCUGGCUGCCAACUUCCAUCCUGAUGGCCGUGCCAUGGCCACCAAGUUUGCCCACCUCAAGCUGCUGUUGAGACAUGCUGACCCAGACUUCUACCAGUACCUGCAAGAAGCGGGUGCUGAUGACCUCUUUUUCUGUUACCGCUGGCUACUGCUGGAGCUUAAGCGGGAGUUUGCCUUUGAUGACGCACUCCGCAUGCUCGAGGUCACCUGGAGUUCAUUGCCCCCUGAUCCUCCCAAGCAUGAAGUAGAGCUCGUUGGACCCCCCAACCAAGUGACAGACACUGGGUUUGGGGGCCACAGGGCACGACCAGUACGUCAGAGGCACAUGCUGAGACCUGCUGGUGGAGGAGGCAGUGCUUUUGAACAUGCUGUUGACCACCUGGCUACAUCUAGCCAGGGGCCUAGUGGUGGGGGACGUCUCCUGAGACAAGCCAGUCUGGAUGGUCUCCAGAAACUCAGGGAUAAAACAGGCCCCAGGAGGGACCCUCUGGUCCAGCUGCCAUACCCAGCUGCCCUCAUUAGCUCCAAGUCGUUGUCUGAGCCCUUGCUGAAUUCCCCAGACCCACUCCUCUCUCCAUCUUCCCAUCCUGAUUCCCCAUCUUCAUCAUCUCCACCAUCCACCCAAGAGGCCUCUCCCUCUGGUGACAUGGCUCUGGGAUCUCCCUUGAUGCAAGAGGUAGGUUCUCCUGGAGACCUUAGGCAGUCCUCGACACACCCACCUCCUAUGGGCCUGCCCCCACCCCAAGAGUUUGGCCAGGGGAACCCAUUCAUGCUCUUCCUCUGCCUGGCUAUCCUGUUGGAACACCGUGACCACAUCAUGCGCAAUGGACUGGAUUACAACGAGCUGGCCAUGCACUUUGACCGCCUGGUGCGUAAACACCAUCUGGGGCGUGUUCUGCGCCGGGCUAAGGCUCUCUUUGCUGAUUACCUGCAGUCUGAAGUGUGGGACUCAGAGGAGGGGGCUGAGGCCACUGCUCCAUCUUGAUUAUGCUCCCUCUAGCCCUCUAUCAGCCCCACUGGUACUCGGUAUUUUUCCAUGAGGACCUCCUUGCCUGUCAUCCCUAGAUGUGUUUGAACCUGGGGCCCUUUCUCCCCAUGUUUGAGUAUGUGGGGCUCAACCUUGGCACUGCCCCAUGGAGGUCACAACCUCUUUGCUGUUCUUUUGUUUUUAAACCACUUUGCACACA